AUGACACAGGAUUAUACACCAAACGCUUCUUUUGUUGAUUUCGCUGGUGAAGAUGAUAUAAAUAUUGAAAUAGAUCACGCCAUAUCAGAAUUGAAUUUUGAAGAAGCUGGAAAACUCCAAGCUUCAUUAAACAAUGAUAAUUCGGAAGAAAUACAGCGUCAAGUUGAUGGAGCCUUGGCAAGAAAUCAAUCCUUGAUCGAAGGAUAUCAUCAAGAUGCCGAGAAAAGCAUUAUUCAGAUCGAAUUGGAGAUUGAUACCAAGCUUUCGAAAUUAGUUAAAGAUUACAAAAAUCGUUUUCUCCAGAUGAAGGCUGCUCAGUUGGAAGAAAUAGAACAGCUCAGAAGUGAAUGGAUUUCUUCUCAUGAUCGUGCAGAACAGCUUGGAAAUCAAAAGGUUGAAAGCCUUCUUUAUACAUCUAAGGUAUUGGCUAAUUGCAAGUGUUUUGAUGAAGCCAAAACCUUAAGAAACAACGUACAAGAAAAUACAGACAAUAUUCUCAAGAACGAGUGCAAAGAAAUAGAUAACCAUUACAAACAACACAUGAUCAAUAUGAUUGCAAGACAUGAAUCCAUGCUUGAUGGCCUCUACAACCAAUUACUCAACGAUAUUAAAAUUAUUGAAGGACAAGGCAAGAUUGAUCGUUCUGUUGUUAAAUCACAAGAAAAGAUCGGAAUUGCUAUGUCUCCUUCUAAAUCAAUUCAAAAUGUUGCUACAUCUCGUGAUAUUUCAAUGAAUGAUAAAAAACUUAUUAUUUCUCAGCUUUCUCCAAGAAAAUCACCUAGUCCAAGCUCAAAAUCACCACGUUCUCCUAGAUCACCAAGAUCUCCUGUAGCUCCUGGCGCUUAUAUGUCACCACUUAGCCCAAGAUAUUAA